AUGGCAAUAUGGAUCGCUCUUAUUUGGUUUCUAAGCUCCGUUCAUCCAGUGAAGAAUAUUUUUAUUCGCAACGAAAAUGAUGCCAAUGCAACAAAACUAGGGAUCGGUUUAGUCUUGGUACUAUUCACUGCCGUUCUCUACGGCAAAACUUAUUUUGCGUUAAGAAAACAAGCGAGAUCCAUGAUUGGUAAAAAAUCUAAAUUUUCUUCGAAGCAACGUCAGUAUUCGAUGGGGAAAGAAAUUUGUAUUGAGAGUGAAAAUCGCGAAGGUGCUCAAAAUCAGGAUAAUAUUGUUCAAAACGGGAGUAAACGUGCUAAAUGUCAGAGCGAACGUGCUCAAAGCUUCAUGGAUGAACGUGCUGAAAAUCAAAAUCAUCGUGCCGAAAAACGGAAUGAUCGUUCCCAAAACGAUUGUGAACGUACUGAAAUUGGAAAUGAACGUGCUAAAUGUCGGAGUGAACGUGCUCAAAACUUGGAUGAACGUGCUGAAAAUCAAAAUCAUCGUGCUGAAAAACUGAAUGAUCGUGUUCAAAGUCAGUCUGAAUGUGGUGAAAUUGAUAGUGAACGUGCUAAAAAUCGCAAUCAACGUGCUCAAAAUAAAAACAAACGUGCUGGAAGUGAGAAUGAACGUGCUCAACGUGAAGACCUUUCCUCCGACAAAAGGCCUAAAAAUUCUCAAAUAAUCAGCAAUACAAAGGAACAGAAGUUCUUAAACACUAUCAUUAUAAUCGCAUGUAUUGCCGUCGUUACAGUGACGCCAAGAUCAAUUUAUGUCCAGCUUCGUGGUACGGGUGUAUCCUCAGACACAAACAGCAUUCUUGUUGUUGUUGGAGGUGCGAUAUUUUGUCUUAAUUUUGCCGCUAAUCCUUUCGUCUAUUGCUUGCGUUUGAAGCGAUAUCGGAAAACAUUUAAAAUGGUCUAUGGUUGCAAACAUUGA